AUGCGGCCUCACAGUUGUUCCGGUUGUUGUGUAUGCGGUUCCUACUUGAACCCGUCCUGGUUGGAGGAGGACGCUAUUUUUCUGAACGAUGAAAAGUGGGAAAUACGCCAUGGACAACGGAAAGUCCUCUUUUUAGACGCAAAAGAACUCGAGUCAAAAUAUAUUGACAAAGACAUGGCAAGUAUCUGGACCUCUUUUUACCGUCUGAUUUUAUAUGAUUUUUCUAAAGGAGAGUUCACUCUUACGGGCAUAGGACAGCAGUUUAAUACCACCUUUACAGCACCCAAAGAUGCUGCUAAAGCUUUUGCUGGAGUACCACCAAGAGACAGAAAAGAUUUUACCAAAAUUUACGACGUCGCUCCCGACUUAUCCUGGUGGAACGGCGAUCUGGGUGACGACUAUGAAAAGAUAGACUUGCGCCAUUUGCCAAUUGGCAUACAUAUGAGUUGCUGGAAACUGGCACAAUGGAAACUUGGUCCUGGUGUAGCUGAAAACCUUGAACUUUUCAUUGCUAUAGCACUACGAACUACCUUUGGAAUUAUCUCCGGGUUUCGGGGAGAGGGAAACACUUGGCCAUUCAAUAUAUACGAAAUAGUUGCAAUGAAAAAUUCUUCCUGUGCUGAACGGGGGGGGGAUAUUAUUUCAGAACUAUGGUCAAGGAAUUUGUAUGAAUUACAAGAUAGAGUGGACUAUGAUCCAUCCAGAAACCCGUGGACGCAAAAUAUCAUCGAUUCAAGCAGGCGAAUCAAAAAACAGAUAUCCUUCGCUCAACCUUUGCCGCAGUCUAUGAUACCAGAUCUACCGCUUGAGAUAUGGUUUGAGAUUCUAGAUUUUCUGGAUUGCAAGGAAGUAUCGAAUUUAGGAAUCGCGUUGCAAAUCGCUAUUCCAGAUCGCUAUUGGCGCUCACGGGCUGCUUUGAACUUGAUUGAGAUAGACGAAAUUGCUGAAGAGGAUCUCAAUUGGCACUAUCUAUGUUUAAAGUUCGAAGCAGUUUAUGCAACGGGCGAAAAAUUCGAGUCACGCCGCUAUAUAGUUGAUAUACUAAGCAACAAAAUCAAGCCAACGUAUCUCCAAAACCUUGGAAAAAGAGACUUCCCGCGUUUGGAGGAAGUGAUGGGCGAGUGUGAAGAUGCAAUCUUGCGGUACUUACAUAGAUAUGACUUUCUAGAUUAA